AUGAUGCAAAAACUUUACGUCGUGGAGGGAAGCCACUGUUUCCGCAAGCUGUGGAAGAUGAGAGCAGAGCAAACCAAAGCCACAAUACCUGAAGCUCAGGUUUUUGCUGUAGAAGAUGUUCAAGAAAAAAUUUAUAAGCCAGCUAUCGCUGACUUUCAGAAAACCUACCUGUCCCUCAAAGACUUCUCCAUCACCCUUGGGACUGUGCAGAGCCAGUUUGAGAAGCUGCUGGGAGAGAAGGAUCAGCUCCUGGAGGAGUUUAAAAUCAUGGAGGACAGCGAAGGGCCAAGGGGUGGAAAAGCUUGCUGGAUCGCAGGUGCUGUGGAGAGGAUUGAAAACUACCUGACCCUCUCUAAAGUGGUGAACACUGCCAAGGUGAUCGAUGCUCUGAGACAGAUGCUUCGGCUGGAGGGGGAUUUCCAGAUUCUCAGUGACCUGACGAAAUACGAAGAGCAGGAAUUCAAGAAGAAGCGUCUUGAUUUUAUGACCCAAGACUUAAUGAAGGUGAAAGAAAGUUUGAGCGACAUUCCCCAGGGAGUCUUGGACUUUUUGAGGGAACUUCUGGAAUGUGCAAAGAAAGGUUUUACCUCCUGGAUCAAGACCAUAAUAAAAGACAAGACGGAAAUCCCUGUAUUUAUGGAGCUGGCAUCGAUUUCUGCAGGAGAAAAUGACAUGGAUAUCAACAGAGUGAAGUUCUUCCGUGAUGCCAUGGCUGCCUCUGCCCCCACCGUAUUAGACCUGAGUCCCACAGCUGGGUUUGACCAGUUCUCUGCAGCUCUGUCUCUCAUCAGAGAAGCCAUCGUGAAAGACAGCAAGCUUCCCAAGAAGCUGAAAGUUUCCUGUGACAACAGGGAGUGGAUACAGAUGGUUCACGACUCUCAUAGCUCUGUGGAGCCUUCUUCGAUCUCUCAAGCCAGAAGCAUCAACAGCAAUGGGAUUUUUACCAUCUUGGCACCUGUGAAAUUCAAGGCUAUGCUUGAGGACUGUGUCUCUUUGCGACUGCUGAAUGAUAGUGAGGAGAGCACAUCUCCAGCAGACCAGAAGGCCAAGAAAUACAGCUUGUCUCAGCUCACGGAGCUCCAGAACAAGCUUAUGUUGAUUGCCACCAAGGUUGAGCAGGGCAGAGAGGAGGCAAACCGUUUCUUGGAGAUACUGGAAAAAGUUGAAAGAAUUGGAAAGUUGUACCUGGAGCUUCUCAGCAUUGGCAACAUCCUCUUCAUCGACUGGAAGGCUGACAUCUACUGCAACCCCCAGCGACGUGUGAAAGUCUACACGGAAUUUGGCAUUGCUGGGAUCCUUGUUCAGAGCACAAGGCCCUUCCUGGAGGAGCUGGACAGCUUCUCUAAAGUGAUGGAGCAUUGCCUGGCAGAGUGGAAGAAGUACCUGGAGACUCAAAGGGACACCUACUAUCAUCUCAACCUAUUCACUGCACACCAGCUCUUCUACUUAUGCAGCCAGCUGGCCAGAGUCCAGAAAGGCAUCGUAGAACCACAGGUGCUCAUCAUGCUUUCCGUCAUCAAGCAUGACAUCAAAGAAGGAGAUAUCAAAAAAGCCCUGGGGGAGGCGCUGAUGACUCCUCUGGACUCUGUGAAUACGUGGGCAGGAGGCGAGAAAUCGGUUACCUGGCAUGACUACAUCAUUCCGUUUCCCCAGUUCAUCAAAAGCUUGGCCGAAUCGGGCUACGAUGAGUCGGUGGCAAAGGCAGCCUUGCAGAGCUGCCUGUCCAGCUCACCCAUCACGGAGCAGAUGCUCAUGGAUUUCGCCUUCGAGCAGGGCGACAACAAGGAGUUGGUUGAAAAGCUCAGCAAGUUCUAUGAGGAGAUGAGAGAAACCUUCCUGCAGAAGAGACGGAAAUUUUAA